AUGAGAUUCCCCUUCAGACGAAAGGACAAGAAGAAGUCGGAGGUCGCCAGCCCUCCAGAGGCAUUGCGCCGCCCUGUUAGUAUCAGCCGGCAGCCUUGGUUUCCCCCAAGCGUCAGGUCGAGCCAACUCGUCGCCGUUCUCCCAGCAAACGUUUUGCAGCGCAUCUUCUUCUUCGUCUGCCCACAUUCCCUGGAUGAGACGUACGAUGCGUGCGAGGCGAGCGGGAAAGGAGAGGGCUGCAUGCUGUGUGACCUGCGCGACCUGGCCCACUGUUCGAUGGUGAACCGGACCUGGCACGACAAUGCCAUCAAGCUAUUCGUUCGGAUCGACCAGGUCCACUACUGCAAGCUCGAGGCCUGGCUGGCCGAGAGGCGCAAGCAGACGAGAUUUGACCGCAACGCCAUUCCUGAGGACCCGGCGCAGGCAAGGCUCAGGCUCUUCCGCCGCACGGUUCGCGAGGACCCGACCCGCAUCGGUAAGAGGGUCCAGUUCCUCAAGACGCCCUACCAGGUGCGCGAGUACUGCCAGGUGGAGUUGGCCCAGACCAUUGCCGUGCUCCCCAGCCUCAAGUAUGUUGAUCUGCCAGAGGGCAUGUUCUCAGACGAGUCGAGUAGUUCGACGCUCCGCUUUGAAGUCCAGGCCAGAUGCCCCAAUAUCCGCAAGAUGACGUACAACGCAGGCUCGGAGAAGAGCCUGGCGGCGCUGGCCACGGGUCAGGUGUGGCCUCAACUCGAGGUGAUUGAGCUCAACGGCAUCAAUGUCGACACCAUGACUAUGAGAGCGGUGUUGAAUUGUUUGUCAAACCUUCGGGCCCUCAAGAUGACGGAUACCGAGAGCAUUUCCGACGAGGUGCUGGCGGCGGCAUCGGGGCCUAUCAUGCCCUCGUUGGAGGAGUUCAUACUGGAAGGGACUCCUCGAGUGACGGCCGCCGGCCUCAUUGAGUAUCUCGCUUGGCCCGAAACCCAGCGCCAGCUCAAGGUCCUCACGCUGACCAAUACCGGCGUCCACCCGCAGAGGCUUUCAGAGGUCUUGACCAUGGCGCCAUAUCUUAAGUCGCUUGGCAUGAAGGCCAAGGUCAUUGAAGGCUUUCCACAGCACGCGGGCAUCCCACUGCUCGCAUCCAACAAUCUCGAGACGCUGCGCUGGGAGAUUUCCACCGAAUCGGACAAGGAGGUGUACGCAAGCAUGAAGGCCAGCUGGUACACCUACCUCGCCUCAUCCGUGCUCGCAGGGUCUAUGCCUAGGCUGCGCAAGCUCUUCGUCCACGAUGACACCUUUCCCGAGCAGCUUCAGGGGCUUCCUCCUCCCAACGCCGGCUUUGCAGGAGGGCACAUGCGCAACACAUCUCAGGCUUCCACCCGCAGCGCCCGCAUGCCUAUUCCAGGCAAACCGAGCACGCCCACAUCCAGCACGUUUGGCAAUCCGUUUGCUGCGCCGUAUGGGACCUCGCCCGGCUCGCCCGGCUCGCCACAGUCUCAGGUUGUGUCCCCUCGACAGCUGGGCGUGCCUCGUGCGCCGGCCGCCCAUCGCUUCAGCUCCAACAACCCUUUUGCGGCACAAAUCAAGCCUCCUGCUCCCCUGCCGCUCACCACUCUCGAGAUAUACACCAAGACGGACGAGUACGGCAAAUGGAACUUUAGCAAAGUCGACGCAUUGACCACGGUAGGUCCGGCGCUGCGACGUCCCGUCAGCACCUACGGCCUGGCGGCCGACGUGGCCGGAGAGGGCUGGAACCGGGGCGAGGUUCGACGCAGCAUCAUGGUCGGAGACGGCACCGGACUCUUCUUGCCGCUGCCCCCACCCCCGGCCCAGGACGACUUUGGCCGCAGGGGAUCUGGCGUGUCCGACAACUGGCGGCCCUCUAGCAGCGGCGGCGACUCUCUGCGCCCGCCGCCCCCUCUUUGGCCGUGAUUUGAUGCUCUGGUAACUUUUUUCUUCCAUUUUCGGGUUUUCCCCCUUGUCUUUUCGGCCAUUUGCCGUUUCGGUGUCAAGGAGCGAGGUCAUGAGGCAAAAUCAGAGACAUGAUGAUUGAUGAUAGCACACUGCUCUUGUUCAUUUCUGCUUCUUUUCUAUCUCGAUUUACUUCUAAUCUUAGUAACCAGUGUAAUAUAGAGGGGGGGGGGGAAUGGGGGAAAGUCUGGGAUAGCAUUCGGGGGAUAUUAAUUGGUUCAUAAUUCCCGUCAAUUCUUGACGAUAGUUCUAUACAGACCUCUAUGACCUCUUU